UAGAAAUGGAGUACUAUACCAAAUGUCAAUGCAAACACUCUAUAGACCAAUUUAUAUGGAAAGAAAUACGGCAUAAAACAUGUAUAAAAAGCAAAAGGAAGCAAGAACAAGCAGAUAAUAUGUUAUCUAAUAUAAUAACACAUUCAUUAGAUAAUUAUGAAUUAAAUUCCCAAGAUAGCUUUGAAAUCUUUUCUGAAGAAAGCUUUGCACAAGAUAUG